UGAAAGUGAACUUGGCUCAGGAAGGCCAGCAGUCAAGGUCCAGCCCCUAGAAGAGAGAAUAGCUCCAGAUUCUCCAUCCUCGGUCUUUGCAAGAGGAGGGCUGGCACAGCCGGGCGGGCGGGCUCCUGGCAGUAUGGCAGUGAAGCUCAGGGCCCUCCUGCUGGUGCUCGCGCUCGGCCUGGCGCAGCCAGCCACUGCCGGCCGGAAGCUUCUGGUGUUUCUGCUGGAUGGUUUUCGCUCAGACUACAUCAGUGAUGAGGCCCUGGAGUCCUUGCCUGGUUUCAAAGAGAUCGUGAGCCGGGGAGUAAAAGUGGAUUACUUGACCCCCGACUUUCCCAGUCUCUCUUACCCCAAUUACUACACCCUAAUGACUGGCCGCCAUUGUGAGGUCCAUCAGAUGAUUGGGAACUACAUGUGGGACCCCACCACCAACAAGUCAUUUGACAUUGGUGUCAACAAAGACAGCCUGAUGCCGCUCUGGUGGAAUGGAUCAGAACCUCUGUGGGUCACUCUGACCAAGGCCAAAAGGAAGGUCUACAUGUACUACUGGCCAGGCUGUGAGGUUGAGAUUCUUGGGGUCAGACCUACUUACUGCCUAGAAUAUAAAAACGUCCCAACGGAUAUCAAUUUUGCCAAUGCAGUCAGCGAUGCUCUUGACUCCCUCAAGAGUGGCCGGGCGGACCUGGCCGCCAUAUACUAUGAGCGCAUCGAUGUGGAAGGCCACCACUAUGGCCCCUCGUCGCCUCAGCGGAAAGACGCCCUGAAAGCCGUGGACACUGUCCUGAAGUACAUGACCAAGUGGAUCCAGGAGCGGGAGCUGCAGGACCACCUCAACGUCAUCAUCUUCUCAGAUCAUGGAAUGACUGACAUUUUCUGGAUGGACAAAGUGAUCGAGCUGAAUAAGUACAUCAGCCUGAACGACCUGGAGCAAGUGAAGGACCGAGGACCCGUCGUGAGCCUCUGGCCAGCCCCUGGGAAACACUCUGAGAUAUAUAACAAACUGAGAACAGUGGAACACAUGACUAUCUACGAGAAAGAAGCCAUACCAAGCAGGUUCUAUUACAAGAAAGGGAAAUUUGUCUCUCCUUUGACCCUUGUGGCUGAUGAAGGAUGGUUCAUAACUGAGAAUCGAGAGACACUUCCUUUUUGGAUGAACAGCACUGGCAAGAGGGAAGGUUGGCAGCACGGUUGGCACGGCUAUGACAACGAGCUCAUGGACAUGAGGGGCAUCUUCCUGGCCUUUGGACCCGAUUUCAAAUCCAACUUCAGAGCUGCUCCAAUCAGGUCUGUGGAUGUCUACAAUGUCAUGUGCAACGUGGCAGGCAUCGCUCCCCUGCCCAACAACGGCUCCUGGUCCAGGGUGAUGUGUAUGCUGAAGGACCAGGAUAGCUCGGCUCCGUCCGUCCGACCGAGCAGCUGUGUUCUGGUCUUGAUUCUCCUCCUACUGUUUGCAUAGAUGCUGCUAUUGUUGUCCCCAAACACUCAGCCAAGUGUGCCUCCAUGGUGGGAUGGUUUUCAUUUUUUAUUCAAAUAAUAGCUUCAUUAACACAAUCAAGGCCACAAAAAUUGUAAAUAUACUAUUCUUGGUUGCUUCCAUACAGAAAAAAAAAACAUUUUAAAUUUCUUAAA